AGAGCAAACACGGACCUCUAAAAGCAUCAGAGGUGGAAUCAGGUGACAUGGUGAGUAAGCAUCCCCUAUAUAUGUUUGCUACAUGGUUGUCAAAAUUUUAAGGGGACACAACUUCAUAUCUCAAUUGCAUCAUCAAGUAUCGACGCACGAGUUGCUUGGAGAUGGAGGAAAGUGCCGGUAAAACUGAAUAUAAUGUUGAAAGAAUCGUUUUUGACGGAAUGACUGUUCCACCAUUUGUUCCUUUAAAGAGAGAUGCCAAGAGAAGGUUUGAAGAGAUCAGAAAUCUGGAAUAUAAAGAGGACGACGUCAUUCUAACCACUUUCCCUAAAUCAGGAACAAACUGGUUUUGGGAAAUUAUCUGCAUGUUACUCAAGGGCAAAGCUGAAUACGUUAAAGAAGCAAAAGUGUCUGUAUUUUUGGAAGCUAUUCCAGAUUUAAAUGUUGUCCAUGGCUUAGCCUCGCCUAGAGCACUAAAUACGCAUGUUCCAUAUCGAUGGCUACCAAAGCAACACUUAGAAAGGAAUGGGAAAAUUGUACACGUCAUCCGAAAUCCAAAAGAUGUUGCUGUCUCAAUGUACUACCAUUUUAAAUCAUCGGGCAAUAUAAAUGAUGAUUGCCAUUUCAAAACUUUUCUGGAACAAAUAUUCCUUAGUGCAGCAUGUCCGAUGGGAUCCUGGUUUGAUUAUGAGAAAGAAUUUGAACAAGCAAAGACGACCGACAAAGAUCAUAUAAUAUUAACUGUCCAUUAUGAGAGUAUGAAAAAGAAUCCAAUAGAAGAAACUAGAAGAUUGGGAAAAUUUUUGAAUGUCGAAUUAAGUGAUCAACAGAUUGCGGACAUUGUGGAUAAAUGUAGUUUCCAGAAGCUGAGACAUGCUGCUGAAACUUUUAAAGAUCUUUCUCAUAGAGAGAAAAUUACUGAUACUGGAGAAGGUGCUAUCAGAAAACCACCCAACAUAUAUCGCAAAGGAGAGAUCGGAGAUUGGAAAAAUCAUUUCACAGUUGCCAUGAGUGAACAUUUUGAUACAAUAUUCCGAGAGAAAAUGAAAGACUCCAAUAUUCAAGUACAAUUUGAGUAGA